AAAAUAGUAGAAAACAAUUCAAUCAAAAUCCAAAAACAAAGGGAGCAACUUUAAUUUUGUCCAAAAAAAAAAAGGGAGCAACUUUAACAUUCACUAUCCUCUCUCUCUGUCUCUCUCUUACAAAAUCUUACAGCUUUAUGUUUUAAGCGUUUGAAAGAUCCGAUCUUUUUUCACACGAUCAGGGUUUUGGCGGUUAGUAAUACUGUUAUCUCUCCGUUGAUCAGAAGAAAAAAAAAAAGUUCUUAAAGCCUUUAUGUGUAUAUAUGUCUCCAAAACAUCUGGAAUUGUCACAAAGCUCCGUGGAGUCUUGCACCUUACAUCUUCUCUCAUGGCGGCCGUUUCAAACCACCGCUGUUCCCAAAACCCUGGAUUCAACAACAGAGCCGCCACACAAAACGUAUGACUCUCACUCCACUCCCAAACGCCCUUGUCUCUCCGACCGAUCCACCGCUUUCUCCAUCGAAGCUUUUAGCCGCCUCUCGAUAGCAGACGUGGACAACAGUGGAGUGAAAUCGAGUUACACGAGAGGAGGUUUCAGGCCAGUGGAGAGAAAACGGCGUCGUCGUGGGUCGAGAUCGGUUUCUGGUCGAAGUAGUGAUCGGAGCGGGACUCUUCGGUGCUGCUCUGUGAAUGCUCAAGUGACCACUUGCUCUGAAUUUCAAUUCGCUGUUGGUGGUACUACUGAUUCUAGUGGAGAGCUGUUCUGUGAAGCGAAUUGGUCCUCCGAUGUGAGUGAGGCGGCGCGUAAUUCGCGGAGAGAUCGAGAUUUUGGAGAAAAGGAAGGUGGAUUCGGAUUAGGGUUUGGGAUUGGGAUUGGGGUUGUUGAAUCAAUGGGUAACGAAUCCGGUUACGGGAGCGAACCUGGUUAUAGAGGGGAUGCUGAAAUCGGUUAUGGUGAUGAGUUUGAUGAGGAAGAAGAAGACUCUAAGCCCUUGUUUUGGGGAGAUACAGAAUCAAGCAAGGAGAUUUGUGAUGGCGAGAAAAAGUUCUCUGACAAAAAAUCUCACUAUAGAUGCCGCCGAGGCAGAAGGAAUGAUUACAACAAAGCUGUUGAUUUCAUGACUCAUGACAUUUCUUUACUUCAUCUUCAACCUCAUAGAUUUGAUCAAAACAAUGGCGCUUCUUCAGGUGAGGGAUGUCAAACCAGAGUGAGAUGAAAACUACUUUGGAGUCUGCAAAGCGAAAUCAGCAAAGCCUUGAUAAGUUGUAUAUAGAUGUUGUAUUCAUAAUUUUGUAUUCUAAGAGAAUAAACUAAGGUUAAUGUAGUUUCCUCCACACCUUUUAAAUGCUGAGGAACUACUCCAGGGAAGCAACAAAUUGUAAUGUGAUUUUGUAAAGAUACUCGUUUGUUUCAA